AUGAUUGUUCGGAGACAGAACAGAAGAUUUACGAUCAUGGCAGCUGGGCCAAGGGGGUCUGGAAAGUCAUCGUUCUUCAACUCUCUGAUAGGGAAGGAGAUUGUCACCUCGAGGGGCCACGAGGGGAUCGACCUCUACAUGCUCAACCUGGACUGCGAGGGCAUCAUGCAGAGGAUUACCUUGAUAGACACGCCUGGAUUUGGAGAGGGGUUUGAUGACAGCGAGAUACAGGAGACGAUUUGCAACUUUAUCAAGGCCCAGCUGGACAUGUUCAUAGCAGAGGAGUCGAAGAUCAGAAGAAACCCCAAGUACGAAGACACACGAGUCCACUGCCUCCUAUACUUCAUACCCUCGACGUCCUCUAGCCUCAAGAGUAGAGACAUUGCAUUUCUUCGGAAGGUUUCCGGCCUGGUCAACAUUAUCCCUGUGAUCAGCAAGUCGGAUGGGCUAAGCAUUACAGAGAGGAUAGAGGUUAAAAGACAGGUCAUGGAGCAGAUAAAGCACUACAACAUCUCCAUCUUCGACCUAGACGACCCUGAGGUCUACUCUUCUCCUGCGGCAGGAAACGACCUGAACAGUCUGGUUCCAUUUCUGGUUGUCUCUGCAGAUAGAGAAAACUUUGAGUCCAGGGCCAGAAACUACCAGUGGGGAGAUGUGAGCAUAGACAAUCCAGACCACUGUGACCUUCCUGCACUGAGAGAGCUGCUGCUCAGCACCCAUAUCUAUGGACUCAUUGAUUACACUGCAAGUGAGAUCUACGAGAACUACAGAGCUGCUGUGUUAGAGGGGGGAGUGAGAAAAUAG